UUAAUUCAGCUAUUAGUUGAUGAAACAAACAAAUAUGCUAGACAGAGAAUUGAUGCUCAAAAAAAUGCUGGUAACCAAAAGCGUUAUUCGAGGGCCAAAGCUUGGAAGGAUGUUACCAGUGAGGAAAUGAAAAAGUUCUUAGCUUUGUUUUUCCUCACUGGUAUCAUCUCAAAACCAGAGCUUGAACUAUAUUGGUCAACCAAUGAGAUAUUGUCCACACCUAUAUUCUCAAAAGUCAUGCCCAGAAACCGAUUUGAGAUAAUUUGGUCAUAUUUUCACGUCAAUGAUAAUGAAGCACGCCCUGCCGACGAUACAGACAGACUGUACAAAGUGCGUCCUGUCCUAGACCACUUAGUCACUAAGUUUCGAGAAUUGUAUAACCCUGGUCAAAAUAUCUCAAUCGACGAAGGCAUGCUUUUAUGGCGGGGUCGCCUUACCUUUCGUGUAUAUAAUCCAGCAAAACCAGUGAAGUAUGGGAUCAAAUCAUAUAUAUUGGCCGAUUCUCAGUCUGGAUAUUGCUGGUUUCUGAAACCUUACUGUGGUGUAGGGGCAACUGUUGGUGAUACGGUAGUUGAAUUGUUAGGUCGACUUGUAAACCAAGGGUAUAUCUUGUAUAUGGAUAACUAUUAUAAUUCUGUAAGACUUGCCCAUCGUCUCCUAGAUCUCGAUACACAUGUAUGUGGUACUCUAAGAAAGUUUCGCGGUGAACCACCAGAAAUACGUGACCUGUCUAAUGCUGAUUUAGAUGUGGGGGGUGUUGUUGCCCGUCAUGAUGGAUCAGUAUUGUGUAUAGGGUGGCGUGAUAAGCGUAUUGUAAAAAUGGUCACUACAGUCCAUCAAGACACUAUGACUGAGGUACAUGUCAGGGAAAGGGGCCGUGCUGAUCGAGUUGCUAAAAUGAAACCUACAUGCAUUACUCAGUAUAAUGCCAGUAUGAACGGUGUUGAUCGAGUGGAUCAGAAUAUACAAUAUUAUCCAUUCGUACGUAAGUCGGUAAAGUGGACGAAAAAAUUCGUCAUGUACUUAUUUCAGAUAGCUAUCUACAAUUCCUUUAUUAUCUAUAAAGCAAGGAAUCCCCAGGGAAAGUACAAAACACUGCUUGAUUUCACCUUAGAUAUCAUCCACUCGUGGAUCACCGUUCAUCCUGACAACGACUCAAGUGACAACGACUCAAGUGACGGCGGUGAUGAUAAUGACGGGGGUGCUCAACCGGUCCAGCAUACACCAAGGGCACCUGCUCGUGACCCUGGUACUCGUUUAGACAAGAAGGCCAAGAAACAUGUCCUUUCUGCAAUUGCAGGCACAAUAAAAAAGAAAUAUCCAUCACGCAGAUGCAGAGUUUGCAUGCGACGUGGCCUGCGUGGUGAGACCCGGUAUAUUUGCCAAAGUUGUGCUGUGCCAUUGCACAAAGGAGAAUGUUUUGCCACAUACCAUUCAACUCAAAAAUAUUAUUAGUCCUCAAUGUAUGUAUAAUAUGUAUAAUAUAAUAUGGAUGUAUAAUAUUAUCAAAUCAAUCAGAUUGAACACUCAGAAUAGUUGUUUUAUUCAUGGAAAUAAACUUGUAAAGUAUAUUUCAGUUUUUUUCGUUUUCUGUAAAAUUUUGGUCUAAAAUGCCGAAAACGACCUAUUUUCAACUGCAUGGUGUACGGUAAUGGAAUAAGAUAUAGAAAAACCAAUGGUAUCAUAUGAAAAGUUGAAUCUCCUAGUUUAUUAUGCUAAAGUAGAUUUAUUCUAUCUUAUUGGUAAAGUUUUCAAUGUAUUAUUCAAAAAUCCUGAAAAUCGCGAAAAAAGUCUGGCGGCAGCUAGUUACCUGCCAAAAAAAAUCUGGCGGGGAAUGU